AAUAUUCGAUUAAUAAGAAAAGUUUUCAUUGUACAAGUUUAUUUUUAUAAAAACAUUUUUCUAUUAUUUUUCAGGUUUCUGAUAAAUAUUGGUGUCAACCUUCUAAUGGAAGAUAUAGUACCAAUGGCUGCAAUAUGACUUGUGAUGCUUUGGAAGAUGAUGACAUUGCAGACGAUAUACAGUGUGCUCUUUCUAUUUAUAGAAGGUUUGGAUUUAACGGAUGGAUGUCCAAUAAAGCAAAAUGUGAAGCAGACACUAAUGAUUAUUUCUCCGACUGCGACAUAUCAUCCAGAAAAGGCUUACUAUUGACUGCACAUCCCAAAGGAAUUACUAUUCAUUUUCCACACCCUUUCCUUUCAAUUUUUAAGAAACUCAAACCAUCCGUUAGUGGUUAUGUCAGAAUUAAACCCUUCUUUGCAAUAACUAAAGGUGUUGGAUUAGAUAAAAGCAUUGGAUUAGGAAAAGGUAUCGGUUUAGGAAAAGGUAUUGGAUUAGGAAAAGGACACUUGGGAAUCUUUUAAAAUAUUUUAAUU